CGCCCCACUGUCUCGAACACGCACACGCGCUGCAGCGUGUUUUCCGCUUCUUCAGUGCACCUUCACUGUAUUUAUAGUCUACAAAUCUUACUGUCGAGAAAGGAAACAGAGGAAUCUCUCGGAAAUCUUCUGGAGUCUCAUAUUGCAGCACCUCUUGCCUCUCCAACCUCCCGGCAUAACUGAAGAUCGGACUCAAAGAUUUGAAAAGGACAAGAGAACUUCCACUUUACCAAAGCGAGAACAUAAGCUUCGUGACCUACCGUGAAGUGAGUCGUGGAAACGUCCAAAUCGACGAGGAAAGCUGUUUUUGUUUGUUUCUUAACACCCAGGUAAGUCUUUUCAAGGCAAAUGGUCUACUAUGCCGAUUAAUCUGAUGUGUGCUUAUUAUAAAUGCCUGUGGCCAGGUGGAUGGUUCUGUUCCAUUAAUCAUGUGCAGCAUCCAGAAGAUGAUGCUGUGUCAACGCAGCAAGCAAGUUAGCUGAACGCACUUUACAUUAAACACUGAACUAACUUAAAAACACGUUGGUGAGUAUAGCAUGCUAUUAAUUUCUUUAAUUAAUUUUAAACUCAGUUUAAAAUGCCUAUGUCUCCCCACAAAGACACUACGUAGAUGUGAUUCAACACCAUGUAGUGGCCCUAUUCUCCAAAUCUGAAGCCCUCCAUGACCUCCCUGGGUACCAGCGCUCUCGUUUACUCUUUAGAUUGCAUUCUGUAAACAUAUAACGGCAAAAUGCACGUUGUUUGUUGUAGCAACUCAGAGGCGUCAUAAUUGUGCGAGCUGCUACAUUUACGGGGACACCACGAUUUUGGUGACAGAAAACAAUCCCCGCUAAAAUUGACUCAGAAAACCAUACUUUUUCAAGGACAUAAGACUGCUGAUGUAUAUGAUUUAUUGUAAAUAAAACAAUGCCUUAUAGCCGAAAAUUACUUUCGGAACAGAUUUUUUACUUAACUCGAUCAAAAACAGUUUUUGAGAAAUAUUUCCCACGAAUGUUGUCGAAUUGCUCGGUUUUUUUUUUUUUUUUUUGGCACUCGGUAGACAACUGAAUUUCGCGUGUACAAUCCUGAAAUGGCUACUGCAGCAGUGCACAAAACAUUAUUGAUUGUGUUGCAUUUAUGAUGGGUUACAAUUGUACCGGCUCGAAUGACACCGCCGGGCCGACACACUGCAAACGCAAGACCCGGUUGUACACCCUCAACACGCGUUCUUUAGCUCUGAAAUUCUUACCGCUUAAUGCAGUUCAAGUGUCACAGCGAGGGGCGCUAUAGUAAACAACUCCAGGAUAAAGCCGUCAUCUUCCAUCAUCCCAUUAUUCCAGCAAGCUUUUACAUAUCAUUUAGAUUGCAUCCAAGGGUCAACAGCAGUGUCCUACCAGGGAAUCGAACCUGUGACCUUUAGCUUCUUACCCAUUAUAUUGCACUGCCGCCCUAUGCCAUAUGCCCCCAACUAUGAAUGUGCUGUAUUUCACUCGUAGGCUGUAUGCACAUUGCACAUGUUCCUCCUACACUGGAGUUUGGUCUGAAUAAGCAGGUCUGCCACAUAAAUGUAACGAAAUGUAAUUAAUUGUUUAAAUCGUGGCUUGCAACCGAAGCUCUAUCGGCCCCUGGUGGUAGGGAAGUGAAAUACGUGCUAAUUUAUAUAUUGGGGAACAAUAGAGAUGUGUGUGUGGUAGUGUUGUGUUUUUUUAUUAUGGAUCAUUGUCCAGGUUCAUGUCCAAAAGGUUUUGCAUGUGCUAAAUGUCUCAGUAAAUCAGGCCCUAAAUCUGAACUGCUUCAGUGAAAUACUCCGCGGUACAAAUGAAUAGUAUCGUGGCACUAUCCCAAAUAAAAACUACAAGCACAGGUUCCUAUUCAGACAGACAUAUUUAAUCAACAUUUGCCCUUAACUUAUAUUGAGAUGAAAAUCUGCAUUUUUUCUUCAAAAGCAGAGGCAUAGUAAUGAUUCCAUCACUAGUCUGAUCAUCUACAUUUUUAUACAUGCUUUAGUGCUCUGGUAACUUGGUUUGUAUAUAGAUGUAAGAGCUAUAAUGAAUGGAAAUUAGACAGCCAUCUCAAACCAAAAAGCAAUGUCACUGUUUGACAAAUUCCUUUAAUCUGUGUCGGCAGAGAAAGCAGGACAAGACAUUUUUAAAAUAAAAAAACGAAAAGAAAAAAAAAAUUCAGUUGCACAGUUAAUAGCUUUGUUUAUGACACAUUUUUGUUGUCUUUUGUUGUAAACAGAUUUACAGUACUGGUCUGAAAAAUAUUCAGAACAAUGGUCCUUUUUAUAAAACUUGUACAGACUGUCUGAAGUAGAAUUUUAGUAGAAUUACUAAAGACGAUCUUGAUAAAAUGACCAGUUAGUUCUUUUCCAUUUCCGCCUCCUUCUUUGAGUGGAGUACUUUCCCAACACCGUUUAUCUUUAAUCAAGCCAAACAAAAACACUUUUCUUCCACAAUCGCUCCCAAAUUAAAAAGUGAAGGACUCUGUGAUGGCAGUACCCCGUCUAGACUAAAAGGAAACGAGGUGAGCCUUCUCCAGAGCCUUCUCCAGGGCCCCUUCUUCAGUGUCUUCUCCAGGGCCUUCUCCAGAGCCCUUCCUCCAGGGCCUUCUCCAGAGCCCUUCCUCCAGGGCCUUCUCCAGGGCCUUCUCCAGAGCCCUUUCUCCAGAGCCUUUUCCAAGGCCUUCUCCAGGGCCUUCUCCAGAGUCUUCUCCAGGGUCUUCUUCAGUGUCUUCUCCAGAGCCCCUUCUCCAGAGCCUUUUCCAGGGCCUUCUUCAGAGUCUUCUCUAGAGCCUUCUCCAGGACCUUCUCCAGACCCUUCUCCAGAGCUUCUUCUCCAGGGCCUUCUCCAUAGCCUUCUCCGGGGUCUUCUUCAGUGUCUUCUCCAGAGCCUUCUCCAGAGCCCUUCCUCCAGGGCCUUAUCCAGAGCCUUCUCCAGGGUCUUCUUCAGUGUCUUCUCCAGGGUCUUCUUCAGAGUCUUCUCUAGAGCCUUCUCCAGGACCUCCUCCAGAGCCCUCUCCAGUCCAGAAGGCUUCCAAGUCCAUUUAGGUUACCACAGGAUGCAUGAGAUCAGGGAGGAGCAUGCAGAUUCAGUUAAUUCAACCAACAAAUUCUGGAACAUUUUUGACACGGAGCCUUUCAUUGUAGACAAGGCUUUCCCAGCACAUCAGUAUAUGUUGGGUCAAUAAAUGUUUCUGAACUAAAGUUGGUUUUAUUCUUAAAACAUGUCUGUAGGAUAAAAAUCAUACCUGGCAUAGUUUAAAAUUUUCCACAGCUUGAUAACUCACAGUGGUCUGCUUGUCCAAUCAAUGAAGUUUUCCUCUCAAGCAUUUUUUCCCCCCAAUAGCUAAGAGAUGGAGGGCAGUGGCAGUGCUUGGUUAGCGCCCGCUUGUGGAAUGGAAGGGAACUGCAGCAGGCCGGCUUUCGAAGUGGCGGUACGCCAGAGCACCUCCAACCGCAGCCUGCCGUUCGCGGACGUGGAGCUCCUGCAGUCCUACAAGCCACUCAUCAUCCCCUGCUACGCCCUGGUGGUGCUGGUGGGCUUCGUGGGCAACUACCUGCUGCUCUACGUCAUCUGCCGCACCCGCAAGAUGCACAACGUCACCAACUUCUUCAUCGGGAACCUGGCCUUCUCCGACAUGCUGAUGAGCGUCACCUGCGUGCCCUUCACACUGGCCUAUGCCUUCAACCCGCGCGGCUGGGUGUUCGGCCGCUUCAUGUGCUACCUGGUCUACCUCACGCAGCCCGUCACCGUCUAUGUGUCCGUCUUCACCCUCACCGCCAUCGCCAUUGACAGGUACUAUGCCACCGUGCACCCGCUGAAGAAGCGCAUCUCUGUGCUGGCGUGUGCCUACGUGCUGUCGGGCAUCUGGCUGCUGUCCUGCGGGCUGGCGGCUCCUGCGGUCGCCCACACCUACCACGUGGAGUUCCGGAAGGAGGGCUUCACCAUCUGCGAGGAGUUCUGGAUGGGGCAGGAGGAGCAGCGCCUGGCCUACGCGUACGGCACCCUGCUCCUCACCUACGUGCUCCCGCUGUCCGCCGUCUGCGUCUCCUACAUCUGCAUCUCCGUCAAGCUGCGCAGCUGCGUGGUCCCCGGCCACCGCAGCCAGCUGCAGGUGCAGGCGCAGCGUGUACGCAAGCGCAAGAUCUUCCGGCUGGUGGCGCUGGUGGUGGCGGCGUUCGGCGUCUGCUGGCUGCCCAUCCACGUGUUCAACGUGCUGCGCGACGUGGACAUCCGGCUGAUCGACAAGCGCCACUUCCUGCUCAUCCAGCUGCUGUGCCACCUGUGCGCCAUGUGCUCCUCCUGCUGCAACCCCUUCCUGUACGCCUGGCUCCACGACCGCUUCCGCGCCCAGCUGCGCAAGAUGUUCGCCCGCCGGCCCCGCGUGGGUGCGCACCCCAACCACUGCGCCACCGCCAGCGUGGUGCUGUAGGCCCCGCCCUCAGUCUCAAAAGGGAGGGGCAAGCAGCGAAACCAGAGGAGAGGGGAUGGAAAUUAGUGGGCGGAGCCAAUAGAAGGCACAGGGCGGAAGAGUGACAGAUGCAGACACAAACCUGUGUGAGAUCUGGUUAAAACGGUUCAACCCUGUGCUCGAGAUCCCAGGGCACUAACCAGGCCCAACCUGGGACAGUGCCCAUAGCAGCCAGCGCACGAUCAGACCCCUGCCCACGAAGAACUUGGAGCACAGCUGGGUGGCACACACACAGGCACUCUCAGCCAGGGGGAGGAGUUAUAAAGUCAUGUGACCUUCCCUACACCACCCCCCUGAACAAGACCACCCACCUGAAACUGAAACGGCCUCUCCUGUAUAGUUCUACAGUUCUCCACUCAUGAGCAUGAACCGGAGGGCCUGUCCAUGCUCACUUCAGGCUGUAUAAUGCAGCUCGCCCUAUUCAUGCUGCCACUCAUGUUUCACCCUCAGCUCUGUGAAAUGAGAAGUAAAUGAAUGACAGACCUGUGUGGCCAUGUUGUCAUUAUGACCUGCAUGUGUGUCCGUCUCAACGCGUGCAUUACAGCGGUUCCUCUUCCAGGAAACUCAUCAGACUUUCCCCAUCCUGUCAUAUUGAAAUAAACAAUCUUUGUCCUGUUUCUGUAACCUGUGGCAUGUUUUACUGAGAACCUAGUUAUUUUCAGUCACACCAUUAAAGCUUGGUCCCAAAUCAAUUAACCUGACUUUAC